AGCAAAGAAAUCCCACCCUCACCAAUUAUCAUAAAACCAACACGUAACUUCUCACUGCCUCCUCAUUUCCACCAUCAUGGACACCAAAAUCCUACCGGAAAACGCUUCACUGCCGCCGCCGCCACGGACUGUGGACUACAGCGCCAAUGUAGACACCUCCAGCGCUUUCAGGUCCGUCAAAGAAGCGGUAGAGAUAUUCGGGGAGCGGUUUCUAACCGGCGAAAUCUUCUUACCAUCACCUAAACCACCUUUCACCUUACCAAAACAUGAAACAGCAUCAUGGAAAUCCACACACAGCUCUCAAACGUCAUGGAGAUCAUGCUCCCCACCCCGGGAAACUGAAGAACCACCAUUGUUGCUCGUUAGCUCGCUGAAAAAGCUCGAGUUGGAGCUCGAAGAAACCAAGAAGGAGUUGAAGCUACUGAAAGAAAGAGAGUCCGAAACUGAGGUGGCUUUGGCGUCUUUAAACGCGGAACUACAAAAGAACAUAUCAAAGAUCACUAAAGCUGAAGCCGGAGAGAAUGCGCUGGUGGCGCUGAGCUCGUCGCCUGGUUGGGCUCCGAAGGUAAGCGGUGGUGGAGGGAGGAAAGUGGUGAAGAAAAAGCCGAUUGUUCCACUUCUGGGAGAUUUGUUUUCAAAGAGAAAAGAGAAAUCUAAUGCUAGUUAUCUUCUGAAUCCACUAUAUGCAUCUUCUCAAAUGCGUUGGAUCUAAAAACUUGAAUUAGAAAGCUGGAUCUUCUCAAAUGCAUUGGAUCUAAAUGUCCAGUUUUCUAGGAGUGUGUGGGCCAGUUCGUGCAUAUAUGGAUCAUAUUGUAAUCAUGCAUGACAAACUUGAGUGAGAAAUUUCGUUUGAAAUCAUUUUAUUUGUUUAAUUUACGUGGUGUCUCGUUUUUAAUUAA